AUGGAAGUUACUAAAGAACUAACAGACCUCAGGGAUAAAUUGGUGGCAGGCAUACAGAAGCUUGAUCAAGGCAUAGACGAGGCGGCGGCGGCGAUGAACGAGCCUCUCGAGGGCGAGGAUGAUGACGAUAUUGGCUACGACGAUGAAUUCGAUUUUGCAGACCGCUUUGACCCACACGACAGAACGGAUCCUGAGGUGCUCCUGGAAGAACGCCAAGGCCUCCAGACUGAGCUACAAGAUAGGCUAGACGAGCUCCAUUGCCUCACCAAGCCAUGGGAAGAUUUCAACAAGGCAGAAAUGCUCGCGGCCAAGCAGGCAGCAGAUGAGGCGGCGGCUGCUGAGCGAGAGGUUCUUGAACGGAGAUCGAGAAGGAAAGGGAAAAUGCAGCCUGAGCCCCCGAAGGAGGACGAACCUGAAAUGCCGGACACGUUCGUAGCAAAGUUGAUCGAGCCGGCUGCGGCAUACACGGGAGACGGGCGGAGGAUGGGCUUUUCUGAUGGCGGCAGAGAGUAUGCAGACACGCUUCUUGCAGAAGGCGAGUCGCAGAUGAAAGUCAUCUGGCGUUUCAUUGUAGAGAGGGGUAAUUUCGACUUUGAGGAGGUCGGUUUAGUGCCAAUAGUUUACGUCGGCGCCAUCAAGCGGCAACACAAGGACUUCAAACCCGUGGAGAACGCGAUCUUUGUUCGGCCAUAUUUCAAGCACGGAACCGUUGGAGACGUGAUCAAGAACCUCGCCGGCAAAAAGAAAUCGCUCUACUAUAAAGACGAUCUUCUUGUAACGAACGCGCACAAAUUUAUCUCGUGCAUGGCUUAUCUGGAGAAUGGUCGGCUGUACCAUGGAAGCAUUCAUCCGAACAAUAUUUUCGUCUCGGACGACGGUUUCAGGCUGCUUGUUGGCGACUUUCUUCCUCCAUCGGAGUUCAAGCGGUGGAUGGUGAGCGUGGCGAAGCGGUUAGCGUCCAUUCCGACCUUUAUUUCACCAGAAUAUCGGGAGGCGCUGGCGACAGCUCGCAUACAGAAGCCCCAGUACUACACAGAAACACUUUCGCCAUACAAGAACGACGUCUACGCCUUUGGACUUGUUUUGCUGUACCUCGCCACAAUGGAAGAGCCAACGGUAACGGCGACAAACGUCAUUGAUGAAGCGCAGAAGACUGUUCACUUGGAUUUGCUUUCUCUGGUAUCGGCCAUGCUUACUUUCAAUCCCCAAGAACGCCCGAGUUGGAAAGAGCUCCUGCCGACCGGUGAAAGACUACAGCUCCAAGCUGCCGAUAUGCUUCGAGGUCUUGGGAAUCUUUUCGGAGUGACUCUAACGAACCCGGAAGACCAAUAUAUGGACAAGGAUCUGAGGGACCCACGGCGUGCAAACGCCGCGGCAGCAAAGAAUAUGAAGCGUGUAGACGGAGAACAGACGGCGUGCGCGAUUAUGUAG